CUAUUUAUUAUGUGAUUGUUCCUUCUAAAAGUAUAAACACUUCGAUUUAACAAAGGGAUUAUACACAAAAGAGAAAGAUUAAUUGUGAAGCAACAAUAAUAGUAAGUAUUGAUAAAGUGAUUAGUACAAAAAGGAAUAAAAGAUUGAUUAGCAGCCUUUUGUCCUCGUGAACAAAGCCUUUGACUUGACGUUGAACAUUUUCAUGAGGAAGCCUUAAAAGCCAGAUCAGAAUUCAGAAGCAAGAAGAACAAGAAGAAGAAGAAGAGGUGGUCUAUAAUGAGGACGAAAGGAUAAAGUAAUAUUUUAAAAGAAAAAUAUUCAGUGGGAAAAAAAAACACACAGUCACACACUAGUGUGACUAGUCCUCUCAGCUCAAACAAACCAACAGCGACAUCACUUCUCACACACACAGUCACACACUACAGUUGUUUCCGCAGAGCAUUUGCCAAUUUGCAAUUUUGCAUCUCUCUGCAAAAGGGGUAGCAGAAAAAAAAAAAAAAUAAAGGAUGAUUCUUUGACAGAUUCACACUCGUCUUUCUUCUUACAUUUUCACAACUAUGUCACUGUCACCGCCGGAGGCUUUCUUUCCGGAUUUUCCGACCAUUACCUCACCGCCACCGCCUCCACCCCGCCCCUCAUAACUUAUCACCAAAGCCGCCGCCACCAUGCGUCACUCCUGCCGCCAAUCCUGGCCGCGACGGUGGCGCUUUCUUUCUUUGUUGUAUUUGCCUUUAUCUACCGGAAACUGUCUAACAAGCGGACUGCGCCGGUGGAUCUGAAGCCGGCUCAGCCUCAACGAUUCUCUUACUCUGUCCUCCGCCGUGCCACCUCAUCGUUCUCCCCGGGGAACCGACUUGGCCAAGGUGGGUUUGGGUCUGUUUUUAAAGGGGUUCUUCCUUCCGGCCAGGAGGUCGCCGUCAAGCUAAUGGAUGCUACCGGCUCACUCCAAGGAGAGAGAGAGUUCCACAAUGAACUGUCACUGGCAUCGAGGAUCGAUACCGCCUGCUGCCGGCAUGUGGUUUCCAUUCUGGGCUUCUCAGCUGAUGAGCCGAGCAUGAGGUGUAAGCAGGGGAGGAGAAGAUUAGUCCUAGUUUAUGAGUUCAUGCAGAAUGGGAAUUUGCAGGAGGCUCUGUUGGAUCGCAAAUGUCCAGAAUUGAUGGUUUGGAAGAAGAGAUUUAGUGUUAUUCUAGCUGUAGCUAAGGGCAUUGAGUAUCUUCAUAACUCUUGUGAUCCACCGAUUGUCCAUGGAGAUAUUAAACCCUCUAACAUUUUGUUGGAUUCCAAUUUUGAUGCCAAGAUAGCUGAUUUUGGAUUAGCCCAGGUUUUGAGUAAAGAGGAGAAUGAGAUUGGGGAGAGCUUCAUAGAAGAUGAUGAGAAGAUUUACAAGGAUAAGAAAGGGGGUGGAAUGGAGAAUGGAGAUGAUAAUCGAUCUAUAAUUGAGGAAAACGAGAGUGUUGUAACUGAGGAUGUGGUGGUGGUGAAUGUGGAUCAGUCUCCUGAGAGUUGCUGUGUUAAGAUUUUGGAUGGGGAAAAUGGGGCAACGGAUGCUUCACCUUCUGAAGGCCUUGAUAAUAAGACUAGUAGUAUUUCUGAGGGUUUCUUUGACAGAGUUAGUGUGGAUAGUGGCAGCAGAAGAGGGAUUGGAAGGGGUAAAUGCGAGUCUCGGAGGGAUUGGUGGUGGAAGCAGGACAAUGUUAAUGGGGGAUCAGAAUCUGGCCGGAUUAAGGACUACGUGAUGGAGUGGCUUGGGAGUGAGAUUAAGAAAGAGAGGCCUAAAAAGGAUUGGAUUGCAACUUCCAGCAAAGGUGAAGAUGGUGUUCCUAAACCAGAGCAAAAGAAGCAAAGGAAGAAACUGGAGUGGUGGGCAUCACUGGAUGAGGGUAAAGAUAGGAAGGAGAAGAAGAACAGGAAACCAAGAGAAUGGUGGAAGGAAGAGUUCUGCGACGAAUUAGCUAAAAAGAAGAAGAAGAAGAAGAAAAGGAAUGGUAAAUCAGAAAAUGGAGGAGAGAUGUGGUGGCAAAGAGAUGAUGAUGAUGAUGAUGAUGAUGGUGUGGUGCCUGACAAGAAGAAGAGGAAAAGUAGGAGUAGUAGAGGAAGCAUUGAUUGGUGGCUUGAUGGAUUCAGUGGAGAAUUCCGGUUAGGUAGAAGAAACAGUCAAGAUUGGGCUAGUGGAGAAAUCCCAAAAAGUGGUGGCAUUAGUAGUACUCCUAGCAUGAGAGGAACUGUUUGCUACAUUGCUCCUGAGUAUGGUGGCGGAGGUCAACUGUCUGAAAAAUGUGACAUUUACAGUUUUGGUGUUCUGUUAUUAGUUCUAAUCUCCGGCAGGAGGCCUCUGCAAGUAACGGCUUCGCCGAUAUCUGAAUUCGAGAGGGCUAAUUUGAUUUCAUGGGCUCGGCAGCUUGCCCACAAUGGAAGGCUUCUUGAUCUUAUUGACUCAAACAUACAGUUGUUGGACAGAGAACAGUCGUUACUCUGCAUCACAAUUGCACUUUUGUGCCUGCAAAGAUCGCCUAAUAAACGCCCUACAAUCAAAGAGAUUGUGGGAAUGCUUACUGGUGAAUCUGAACCUCCUCAUUUGCCAUUUGAAUUUUCUCCGUCACCACCUUGCCAUUUCCCUUUCAAGUCCCGGAAGAAACCUAGGUAGUUAGGAUUGUAGUUGAGGAAUCCCAAGCAAAGAAGUCAGACACAGAACUGAUGAGUGAUUGUGCCUGAUAUUUCAUUGUAAGUGGUGAGGCCACCUGGAACAGUCAAAAGGGCUAACUUUUUUAUACAUUGGAAAAGUAAGGUGAGAUUUGUUCUUGCCUCUUGGUAAGCAUUGAUUUCAGGGUUGAUGUUUUUAUUCGUGGCCCCAUUGUUGUUCGCAAAAACACUUUAAAAGCAUCCUCCAUCUUUGGCUGUUGGAAAGAGGUUGAUUCUUUGCUGAAACCAAAUGAAAAUGGAACUGUACAUUUGUAUCAUCUUCCAUUUGGUCCCAUCUGGGAGACAUUCUUCUCACUAAUUAUAUGUGUAGACAGUCUCACGUUAUAGAAUUGACAGCAAUCCUUAAUAUAUGAUAGCUGGAACUGAUUAAUACAUAAUGUGGUAUCCAGCUAAAGCACAGAAGAAAUUUCCAUACUUGUCAAACAAUCUGCAAUAGGAAACAACAUAUUCUUUGGUCUGAAAGAUGCAUUUCUCUAGUUCUCUUCAUUGUUAUCUGACCUAUAAAGUGCCACGGAACCUUGUUCAUAUUAACUUUGUAGUGUAACAGCAUAUCAUUUGUACUCCUUCCGUUUCAAAAUAAUCGUCCUAUUUAUAGGGAAGGAGGGAGUAUGUUUUUUGUUUCAUAUGAAAAUCAGCAAGUGCAAUGUAUGCUUAUCUAUCCUGGAGGAACAUAGGUUGCAAAAUCGGAAAGGGGGAAAAGAUUUGUUGAGGUCACUUCCUAGAGGUUGCAUAUUGUUUGUUUGGCACAGAUAAUGAAUGUAAGAAUGGUCCUCCAUUUCUGAUCAUAGACUUGUCUGAUCCAAAAUGACCGGUUCUCUCCUUAGAUCGUGAGGUUAUCUAUGCUCAAGAGAUAUGCUACUUUACAGUUUACCCAAUGUUUUUUUUUUUCUAGAUAAAAAACUUACCUCAGUCCGGAAAUGAUUGUCGGGUUUGGAUUUUCACAUUUAUUGCCUAUAUCAAAUGUGAAAAUUCAAACUAACUACAAAUUUUAAAACUCAAUGCAAAAUAUUUUUUAAAAAAAAACUAGGAAUAUUUUUAUUUUUUUUAACAAAAAUUAAGUUUUCUGAUAUCCGUCGAGCAUGAGCACUUAAACAGAGAUUAAAAGGCAUUUCGGGCUCACUCCCAAUAAUUUGGUUAUAGACAAGAUUUGGCCCAACAUAGUAAGGUUCCGGGCCGAACGGUGUUAGGCUGGUGGACUUUUAGACCACUAGGAUGUUUAAUGGAUACUGCUUUUGUUAGCCUGACGUCAUUACCGCUUUUGUAUCUCGUAACAAUAAUAAGAUCUUAGGAGUCAAAAUUUAGGACACUAGCAAUCUUGGUCGGUUAUUAGGAAAAUGCUUGAAUUCAUUUUUGCCAAAUGUAACACCUGUGUCAAUUCCCUUUUACAUAUCCAAAAAAAUAACGUUGAAAGACUAUCCCAGAAAUGGCACUGAAUUCCCUUUCACAUUUCCC